UUAGUAGCGCCGUUAUAUUUAAACGACGUUACUCCCAACCUAUACAUAACAUGCCCUACCUAUUUAUUGUUCUUUUUUUUCUUCUUCUUUUUUGGGUUAUUACAUUCUCACCUAUCCCAUGCUUACUGUUUUCAUCAGUAUAUGUUUGCAUCAUUACAGCUCCAUCAUGGUGGCCACAGAUUCUUUAGAUAUUUUGGUGGCUUUGGUCCUUGCCCUGUCUAGUCUAACUCAUGGAUUCCAGCCAACCUUCUCUGUGGAUGGGAUAUCCGUCACUCAUCGUGACAUUAUGCAAAAGGCAGUUCUCAGGAAAACAGCUGAGGUCUGCAGAGACAUCACUGCUGUUCAGGGAAAGAACUUCAGUUUGGAUACUGAUGACACACUGACAGUUAACAAAGUGCAAAGAGCCUGCUCGGUCCCUCCCACCUCCACCUAUCCCCUCUCCAGUGACAUGCUGCAAACCGCCCUUAACAGCAUGUUUGACAGCAAUGCCAAGGUUGACUUCUCACUGGCAAUGGUAGGGGAGUAUCAUUUUGACAAUGAGGCCAUUAAGAAGGGUCGGGACCUCAUCACAUCAGGCAUGUCUGCUGUGAAGAUUAAUGUGAAGACAGGGAGCUUUAAUGCUGCAAGAAAUAUUCUUGGACAAAUCUCUCACACUCUACAGGACUUUUAUAGUCACAGCAACUGGGUGGAGUUGGGAAAAACCAUUCCUUACAGUGCUCUGACUGAACCAGAUGAACCUCUGCAGAACUUAGCAGGCCCACAAACACCAACGUGUGAGGGCUGUCAAGGUGGUAUGUGUGAUGACAACAUUCUGCCUGAAGUGCUGGGCCAAAAUAUUAUUACCUCAGGCUACUUUAGCACCAAGUCUGCAGCCAAACCUGCAGGCAAAUGCAGCCGUGGUGGAUUGAAUGACCUGACCAGUAAAACUGCGCCAGUGGGGGGUAUCAACAAGGACUCUGUAGAGGCUGAUCAUGGCAAAUUUCACAAAGAAGCAGCUACUCUGGCUGUGGAUGCUACUCUGGAGCUGUUGGAGGACAUCAGACUAGCAGUUGGAGACAAGAACUUUCUCCGAUUAAUGGGACUCUCACAAUCCCCAGCACUGUGUUUUGUUAUCGAUACCUCAGGCAGUAUGGGGGAUGACAUCGCUAGUGUAAGAAACCUUACUGCUAAAAUCAUUGAUGAAAGGAGAGGAACAUCACUUGAGCCAUCUGAAUAUAUUUUAGUGCCUUUCAAUGAUCCAGAUUUUGGACCAGUAACCAUGACGACUGAUGCUGACAAGUUCAAAACCGUCAUAAACGCCCUCGUUCCAGAUGGAGGUGGAGAUUUUCCAGAUAUGAGCAUGUCUGGACUGCAACUUGCCCUGACAUCAGCUCCUCCAUCGUCUGAUAUUUUUCUCUUCACCGAUGCUGGAGCCAAGGAUUUAUAUCUAAAAAAUGCUGUUACAGCUCUCAUAGAAACCACCAAAUCAGUGGUCAGUUUUAUGAUAACAGACGUUCUUUCCAGUCGUCGGAGGCGCCGUCGUGAUCCUCAGCUUGUGCUGUCCCGUGCCAUUGGCCAGUCAGAUGUUCAGCCUUACAGAGAUCUGGCUCAAGCCUCUGGAGGCCAGGCCAUUGAAGUCAGCAAGUUGCAGCUAUCUACAGCAACAACUGUUGUAGAAGAUUCCUUUCUCGGGGCUAUGGUGACAGUUCUUCAGGUGGCAAUGAAUCCAGGCCAACCUAAAAAUUUUACCUUCAACAUCGAUACAUCCCUAAGCAACGUGUUCAUUUACAUCACAGGAGCCUCGUCUCUCAGCUUUAGCCUGACCAGCUCAACAGGAGUAACUCAAACCUCAAGAAACUCCAGUGGUCCUCUAGCAUCCUUCACUACCAUAGGAAACCUGCAUCGUAUCAGUCUCAACACUGUAAAUCAAACAGGAUUAUGGGAAAUUUAUGUCAUCUCCAACAGUCCCUACACUGUAAAGAUUACAGGUCAAAGUUCCAUUAAUUUUGUGUAUAACAUUGUUGAUACACAUGGAGGAGCCCAGGGGGAAGUCAGAUCCAUGGAAGGCCGUCCUUCUACAGGUGGUAACAUCAAUUUACUGGUCACUGUCACAGGAAGUGACACAGUAACAGCCAAAGAAGUCACUUUGUUUGACAGCUCCAGGCCUACACAAGUCAAUGGAUCCAUUCAGUCACUGAGAAACAGUGACUUCCUGGUCAUAUUCACAGGCGUUCCAAAAGGGAGCUAUGUGGUCCAACUGACAGGAGAAGAAACCAACUCUACCUCCAGGGCCUUGCCAACCAUGUUCCAGAGACAGGCUUCUACACAGAUUAAGACUUCCAGCCUCUCUGUUACUGCUCAAACUGACAGCCUCACUAUGGAACCAGGUUCUAGUGUGUCUGUAUUAUUCACCAUAACUUCAGAAAAAAUAGGGACAUUCAGUGUGCAAACCAACAACGACCGGAAAUUCCCCUGCACUUCGCCUAGCAGUGUCAGUAUCACAGCAAGUGAUGAAGGGAAAGCUAAUGGCACCAUCAUCCUAACGGCUCCAGCCAACGCUACAUCUGGGACAGAUGUUUCUCUUACAAUCGAUGUACAGAAUGCAGACGGUACUGACAUCAACUACACUGUCCUCAGGUUUUCAGUGGCUGCUAAAGUAAAAGACAUGUCUGAUCCAGUCUGCCAGAUAGUCAAUAUCUCAGGUUACUGCCCUGCCGAUAUUCUCCUUUGUGGGAAAGUCCAGUGGAAGAUCAGUGCCAAUCUCACAUAUGGAAUCAAUGGGACUGGAAUUACUACCAUCAUUCUACGACAAGGAAAUGUUACUCUCAGUACCAGCACUGUGGCUGGAGAAGGGGGUGAGAAUAUCACCAUAGUUACCUACAACUCAUCCUGCUGUUCACGGACUGUGCAGCUGGUUGCUAUAGAUGCAGUGGGAAAUGUGGGUGAAUGUUUCGUACAGGCCAGAGCAUUUACUACACCUGUAACUACACCAAUGUUUGAGACUUACACUACCCCUGUAAAUUCAUCCAUACAUGUGACCAACACCACUUAUGUAACAACACCCAUAAAUGAGACCAAAACCAUCCAUGUAACUUCACCCAUAAAUGUGAAAAACAAUACCCCUGUAACUACAUCCAUAAAUGUGACAAACACCACUUAUGCAACUACACCCUUAAAUGUGACCAACACCUCCCAUAUAACAACACCCACGCAUGUGACCAACACUACCCCUGUAACUAUACCCAUAGAUGUGACCAAUACUACCCCUGUAACUACACCCGCACAUGUGACAAUCACUACCCCUAUAACCACACCCAUACAUGUGACAAACACCACCUAUGUAACUACACCCAUAAAUGUGACCAACAAUACCCCUGAAACUACAUCCAUAUAUGUGACAAACAGCACCCAUGUAACUACAACCUUAAAUGUGACCAACACCUCCCAUAUAACAACACCCACGCAUGUGACCAAUGCCACCCCUGUAACUACACCCGCACAUGUGACAAUCACUACCCCUAUAACCACACCCAUACAUGGGGCCAGCACUACCUAUGUAACUACAUCCAUAAAUGUGACCAAAACCACCUAUGUAACCACACCCAUAUAUGUGACAAACACCACCUAUGUAACUACACCCAUAAAUGUGACGAACACUACCCCUGUAACUACACCUGCACAUGUGACAAACACCACCUAUGUAACUACACCCAUAAAUGGGACCAACAAUAACCCUGUAACUACAUCCAUAUAUGUGACAAACACCACCUAUGUAACUACACCCUUAAAUGUGACCAACACCUCCCAUAUGACAACACCCACACAUGUGACCAACACUACCCAUGUAACUACACCCAUACACGGGAAGAACACUACCUAUUUAACUACACCCAUACACGUGACAAACAAUACCCCUGUAACAACACCUACAAAUGUGACCAACACUACACCCAUUAAAACAACUGUACUUGUGACCAACACUACCACUGUAACUACACCCAUACACAUGAACCACACUACCUAUGUAACGACACCCAUACAUGUGACAAACACUACCACUGUAACUACACCCAUACACGUGAACCACACUACCUAUGUAACAACACCCAUACAUGUGACAAACACUAGCCCUGUAACUAGACCUGUAAAUGUGAAAAACACUAACUAUGUAACUACACCCAUACAUGAAACAAACACAACCCCUGUAACUACACCCAUACACGUGAACCACACUACCUAUGUAACAACACCCAUACAUGUGACAAACACUAGCACUGUAACUAGACCUAUAAAUGUGAACAACACUAACAAUGUAACUACAACCAUACAUGUAACAAACACAACCCCUGUAACUACACCUAUAAAUGUGACCAACACAACACCCAUGAAAACACUCAUACAUGUGACCAACACUACACCUGUAACUACAUCCAUAAAUGUGACCAAAACCACCUAUGUAACCACACCCAUAUAUGUGACAAACACCACCUAUGUAACUACACCCAUAAAUGUGACGAACACUACCCCUGUAACUACUCCUGCACAUGUGACAAACACCACCUAUGUAACUACACCCAUAAAUGGGACCAACAAUACCCCUGUAACUACAUCCAUAUAUGUGACAAACACCACCUAUGUAACUACACCCUUAAAUGUGACCAACACCUCCCAUAUGACAACACCCACACAUGUGUCCAACACUACCCAUGUAACUACACCCAUACACGUGAAGAACACUACCUAUGUAACUACACACAUACACGUGACAAACAAUACCCCUGUAACAACACCUACAAAUGUGACCAACACUACACCCAUUAAAACAACUGUACUUGUGACCAACACUACCAAUGUAACUACACCCAUACACAUGAACCACACUACCUAUGUAACGACACCCAUACAUGUGACAAACACUACCACUGUAACUACACACAUACACGUGAACCACACUACCUAUGUAACAACACCCAUACAAGUGACAAACACUAGCCCUGUAACUAGACCUAUAAAUGUGAAAAACACUAACUAUGUAACUUCACCCAUACAUGUAACAAACACAACCCCUGUAACUACACCCAUACACGUGAACCACACUACCCAUGUAACAACACCCAUACAUGUGACAAACACUAGCACUGUAACUAGACCUAUAAAUGUGAACAACACUAACAAUGUAACUACAACCAUACAUGUAACAAACACAACCCCUGUAACUACACCUAUAAAUGUGACCAACACAACACCCAUGAAAACACUCAUACAUGUGACCAACACUACACCUGUAACUACACCCAUACAUGUGACCAAACCUACCCCUGUAACUACACCCAUACACGUGAGCAACACUACCUAUGUAACUACACCCAUACAUGUGACCAACGCCUCCCAUAUGACAACACCCAAACAUGUGACCAACACUACCCAUGUAACUACACCCAUACACGUGACAAACAAUACCCCUGUAACAACACCUACAAAUGUGACCAGCACUACACCCAUUAAAACAACUGUACUUGUGACAAACACUACCACUGUAACUACACCCAUACACAUGAACCACACUACCUAUGUAACGACACCCAUACAUGUGACAAACACUACCACUGUAACUACACCCAUACACGUGACAAACAAUACCCCUGUAACAACACAUAGAAAUGUGACCAACACUACACCCAUUAAAACAACUGUACUUGUGACAAACACUACCACUGUAACUACACCCAUACACGUGAACCACACUACCUAUGUAACAACACCCAUACAUGUAACUACAUCCAUACAUGUGACAAACACUAGCCCUGUAACUAGACCUAUAAAUGUGAACAACACUAACAAUGUAACUACAACCAUACAUGUAACAAUCACAACCCCUGUAACUACACCUAUAAAUGUGACCAACACAACACCCAUGAAAACACCCAUACAUGUGACCAACACUACCCCUGUAACUACACCCAUACACGUGAGGAACACUACCUAUGUAACUACACCCAUACAUGUGACCAACACUACCUUUGUAACUACACCAGCACAAUUAACAAGCACUACACCGUUCUACCCCGGUAACUACACCCAUACUAAUGACCAGUACUACCCCUGUAACUACACCCAUUCAUGUGAACGGCACUACCCCUGUAACUACACCCAUACUAAUGACCAGUACUACACCUGUGACUACACCCAUUCACGUGACCAGUACUGCCCCUGUAACUACACCCAUACAUGUGACCAGUACUACCCCUGUAACUACAGCCAUACAUGUGAACAGUACUACCUCUGUAACUACACCCAUACAUGUGACCAGUACUGCCCCUGUAACUACACCCAUAUAUAUGACCAACACUACACGUGUAACCAAUAG